AAAACCACAUGUCUCAUUUCUAUACAAAUUCGUUUAAAGGUCCAGAAUAGAUAUUUAAUUUCCACAAUGAUCAAAAAAUCGUUCAAGAACGUGUUCGUUACCGUUGGCACAACACAGUUCGACGAAUUAGUUCGUGCAGUCAUCUCUAACGACGUCCUGGAAGAGCUAGUUAAUCUCGGUUGCGAAACGCUUACGAUACAGUUUGGAAAAGGCUUGGAACCUGAUCUUCGGAAUGCGAACCAACGCACCACCAUCAGUGUUACUGGCUACAGUCUGAAAAGCAACAUUGCGGACGACAUUUCCAAGGCGGAUCUCGUGAUAAGCCACGCCGGAGCUGGAAGCUGCAUAGAGGUGCUGGAAGCCGGAAAAACCCUGAUUGUCGUAGUCAACGAAACCCUGAUGGACAAUCAUCAAACCGAGUUAGCUGAGCGGCUUAACAAAGAAAAAUGUUUAUUUUACUGCACUCCGGACACUCUGCAGUCAACAUUAGUUGGUAGUGAUUUUAGUCAGUUGCAAAGUCUUGCCCCAGGGGCAUUAGAUAGUUUCGUUGACCACUUGGACAAGUUUAUGGGCUUUAAAUAAAAGCAACAGAA